UUUUUUGUAACUUAAGAAAUGUUGUUAGUAAAAACAAAAUAAACAUACUAGUCCCUGAGAUGAGAAUUAACUACUUUCUUUUUCGUUCAUCAACUACUUUCUAACUAUAAAAUAGAUGCGGUUUAUCUAAGAACCAAUAAUGAAAUUCACAAUUAAGAAAAAAAUGAAAAUAUAGAAAGGAGAGGCCAUUUCAGCAAUUUUUUCACACAGAAAGAGAAGCAGCAGGCAGCAAUACGACAAAAAGAAAGGAAAAAAAAAGUAGCCGUUAAGCGCCGAACCCAAUUCAAAUUCAAAACCAAAAAAGAAAAGAAAAAAAUCCAUUAGAUUAGUUGCUCUCUGCCUGCUUGCUUCUCUCUCUCAUCUUAAUCCAAGCAACAAAAAAAAAUGAAAUGUUCAGGUCGAAAAGCUCUGCAGCCGAAGAACAUCUUCCAGACCCCAAAGGAGGAUGCUUUCGUGGUGAAGGCCAAAGCUGCUGAGCUGAAGGAGAAUCUGAUCGAUGCUUCUCUUGCGGAGGAGCUUAGUGCCUUUAAGAAGAAACUCGAGAGGCAGAGAGAGGAUAGAGAGAGGACUGAGAAGCUGCUAAAGGAGAGAGAUGGAGCCAUGGAUGUGCAGAUGAGCCUUCUUCUCCAGAGAGGAGAGACACAGAAAAGCCUUGAAAUCCAGGUCGAUCGCCUCUUUCGAUUGAAGGAGCUCCACGCCUAUUCCUCUAAGAUUUCCCCAAUCCGAUCUCUGAGAGCCAAGGAGCAUGAGAGGAUGAGACGCUUCAGCUUCGCAGGUGACCCAGAAGAAGAAGAAGAAAGCCCCGUCGAGAGGAAGAAUCUCGAGAGCAUUGCAAAUGGGCCCAUGGAACAAGAAGAAAACUCGACGACCAAGAAUAAUGUCGAGAUCAUCCUCAAUACCCAUAUCUCUUGAUAUUGUAAUGUCUCGUUACAAUUGGGCUUUUUCUCUUGAUCCAUAGGCCCAUUCUUUCUUCCUUUUUUCACUUUGCUCUCUUUUUAGCCACGCGGGACUUUACUUACCAAAUUUGAGAAACCAUUUCCUUCAUUUAAUUGUUGUUUGUCGGCAACUAAUUUUUUAUCCAACUAGCUCUUUAUUUAAUCG